GUCGACAUGGAGAAGAUAAACAGAAAAGUGGCACAGCUGCUGUUGUCGUUUUGUAAAAUUGAACUUCUGUCAUAAAUAUUCGUGUAAUUCGGUGAUAAAUGUCAUCGCUAGCAAAUUAACUCACAUUUAGUGAAGCUACAGUAACAAGGAAACAACUAAUGGUCCUGACAACAUGGACGGUGACCUGAGUCCCCAGGAUAAAAAAGACCUGGACAAGUUUAUCAAGUUCUUUGCCUUGAAGACUGUCCAGGUGAUUGUUCAGGCACGUCUCGGAGAAAAGAUCUGCACUCGCUCAUCCUCAUCACCUACUGGCUCUGAUUGGUUUAAUUUGGCCAUCAAAGAUAUCCCAGAGGUGACUCAUGAAGCCAAAAAGGCACUGGCUGGCCAACUCCCAGGAAUCGGACGCUCUAUGUGCGUUGAAAUCUCCCUGAAGACAUCAGAGGGGGAUUCAAUGGAGUUAGAGACUUGGUGUCUGGAGAUGAAUGAGAAGUGUGAUAAGGACAUCAAGGUGUCAUAUACAGUGUACAACCGUCUGUCUGUCCUUCUGAAGUCCCUGUUGGCUAUCACCAGAGUAACACCAGCCUACAAACUGUCCAGAAACCAGGGACAUGACUAUGUCAUACUAUACCGGAUCUACUUUGGGGAAGUUCAGCUGAGUGGGUUAGGAGAAGGUUUUCAGACGGUACGUGUCGGUGUGGUUGGUACUCCAGUUGGUACAGUUACACUUUCUUGUGCCUACCGCACUAACCUGGCAUUUAUGUCGAACAGGCAGUUUGAGCGCUCGGCUCCCAUCAUGGGGAUCAUUGUGGAUCACUUUGUUGAUCCUCCUUGCAGCAGCCAGCGUCCUGCAAACAUGGGGCAGCCAUGCAACUACAGACCUCCGGAUGAGGAGGAUGGAGGACCAUUUGCAGGGGUCCAGGACUCACAGGAGGUCUGCACCACCUCCUUCUCGACCUCUCCUCCCUCUCAGUGUGUGUGCACACUGAGUCCAUCACCUUCUAAAUUGGCUAAGCCCCUCCCCCUGGACAGUCUGCCGCUCCCACCAGCUCCUGGACUUGUCACUCACACUUUGUACACAUCCAGAAUAUCCUACCAGUCUCCAGCUCUAACAGGAGCUGCUGAACUUUGUCACCCUGGCGUCAACCCAAACCAGAUGUUGCAUGCUGGGAAAGAAGGCGGCGUUGUGUUGGUUCCCGCGCAGCCGCCUCAUGGAGCUGAUGCUCAUCUUACAGUAGACCACGCCCCCAACACACCUGGCAGCAGUGGUGAUGACGACGGGCUGUCACAGAGCGGAGAUGGGCGGAGUGAUGGGAGGAGAGAUGAAGGCCGGAGGAGUGUUUCUCCCUCUGACCCUGUUGAAUCACUCGCUGCAUUCACAAGGAAAGUGGGGGCUUUCGUCAAUAAACCCAGCACACAGGUGACGGCAGCCAGUCUAGACCUUCCAUUUGCUGCAUUUGCUCCCCGCGGCCUGGACUCGGAGGAGAACGACCCCAUGGUGCAUCCUCCAGACUCCCCUGCGUCCUCAUCUCCUCUGCAGGCCAGCCUUCAUUCUCAGGGCUCAGAGGGAUCUCAACAGCAGGACGACUUUGUCAUGGUCGACUUUCGUCCAGCCUUCUCUAAAGACGACUUGUUACCGAUGGAUCUUGGGACUUUCUACAGAGAGUUUCAGAACCCCCCUCAGUUGGCCAGCCUCUCUCUGCACAUCAGCUCCCAGUCGAUGGCUGAUGACCUGGACUCUCUGCCUGAGAAACUGGCCGUCUACGAGAAGAACAUCGACGAGUUUGACGCUUUUGUGGACAUGCUCCAGUAGAAACAGAAGAGUUAAGACCAGGACGAUGAAUGAAUAGUGACAUCGUAUGAAAACAUGGAAAAACAAAGAAUGAAGGGAGAAGCACACUGACGUAGUUUGCCCUUUGAGAAUCACUGACGAAACCACCAUGUUUUCAUGUGAAGCCCCCUCAUUUCUGACAUCUUCCACUCCUCUCCUCACCGUUCCUUCCAGCUUGUACAGGUCGUCGUCACUGUAAAUACUGACUCAUCUCCUCCGUUACUCACAGAAAUCAUGCAAGUUUCUGUUUUUUUAUGGCCAUGCAAACCCCAGGACACCGUUUGCCCAACACUACUCCCCUCUGAGAGUUUCCCCAGCGUGACCUGACCUUUAUGAUCAAGUCUGAACCACAGGUGAAAGGUCAGUCGUGCGCUUGAGGAAACGUCCGAUCACUUUAUUUUUUCCCUCGGGCUGAGAAGCUGAAGACGACAGCUCCUGUGGAUAAAUUGCACUCGCUGUGGAAAUGUAAGCAGGGUCUUGAUGUAAUACUACUCCCUCAAGUUUAGAUCUUCGGACACUGGACUAGUUUGGGGUGUACCUGCCUUGCUCAAAGGUGCCCCAGUAUGUGCCUGGUGUGUGUUAGUCAACCAUCGUUUGUCUAAGUCAUCCACUUCUGAUGUUCAAGUAAAUUGAGGGUUGUUGAAACGAUGCUUCUGUAAUUUCACAAUCAUCUGGAGCGCAAAUCUGAAACAUUUUUACCCUGUUUGUCCAAAGAUGUAAUAAAGUAACCUGGAAACACAUUCAGUCAAUGUUUUAAACAACCUUCCAGCUCUUCAAACAUCAGCGGCCAAUCAGAACUUGUGUCAGAAGCACUAACUAACUGGGGCUGUCAAAGUUGUGCGUCACCUUUCGGGUGUUUCCCAGCGGGUCUGGGUAUGAAACUGCCAAUAUCAGAGUAAUUACAUGACUCUAAGGGGGUGUCAGGAGAUUUAGCUGCAGCCCUCCACCUAAUGCCAUUCAGUAAAUGUUGAGUUUUUGUUCUUUUAGAAGAGGGUUUUCAUUAUCCUAGAGGGUUUAUUUUAUGGAGGUCUACUUCAAGUCACUGACAGGCAUUGAAUCAAAAUUAUAGCUGCACAGAUUAUGUAAUAAUUAGCUGAAAUCGCAGCUAAACGUUCUUUUUUCCAUUUACCAGGCCAGGGUUUUCCAGAUUGCAGCUUUUCAAAGUUAGGAUUUUGAUGCCUCUCUUCUGUCAAAUGAGUAUCUGUGAUUUUGGGAUAGCUUCUAGAGUAAAACAAAGUAUAAUAAUCUCUUCUCCAUAUUCUAUAGACAGAAUAAUUCAUGAAAUCAUGUCUCCAAAACAAACACUGAAUAUUAGGGCCGUUAGAAGUGUGGAUAUACAGUAUCCAGAGUUGUAGUUUUUCUGUCUGUUGGAUCCAUUUAACCAAGUGUCAGUGCUGCUCAGCAGGAGUUUGUAUAUUUUUGUACAAAGGUAGGACGAACAUUUCCAGCUGUCUGCCUACAUCAGGAGACUGGUCACCAUCCUUGACUGUUUGGUUAAAGCUUUAAUUUACUUUGCUGUUGUUCAAAAUGUCCUAAUAAAGCAUGGCUACUCUCAGUUCACAUGA